CGAGAAAGUUACCAGUGACUCUCAUUUUCGUCACACACUAUACUGUAUCUGUUUCUUGUUCGAUGUUGGUGACGAAAAACCCUAAUCCAAUCGUCACCGUUUCGCGGUGGGCCGAAACCCUGGCCCUAAUCCCUUUACAUAUUUGCUAAUUUUUUUUUCUCUGGAAUCUGUAUGGAAUCGGAGAAAAUCUUACUUUCCUGAGAAAGCCCUAGAAAUUUAUCAUCUUUCCCCGUUGUUAAAAACAACAGCAGCAAGGCCAUGUCCAAUGAGUUAGCGCAAAAGCAACAGCCGUCGAUAUCGGAACGGUUUAAGGCUCUGUUGAAGCAACGGGAAGAUGACCUUAGGGUUUCCGGUGGUGACGAUGAGGUGGCGGCGACCCCGAGUAGGGGGGAGAUUGUUCAGCUUUACGAGGCUGUAUUAUCGGAACUAACUUUCAAUUCGAAGCCGAUAAUUACUGAUCUUACGAUCAUUGCCGGCGAACAGCGGGAGCACGGCGAAGGCAUUGCCGAUGCUAUUUGUGCUCGAAUUCUUGAGGUUCCAGUUGAGCAAAAACUUCCUUCAUUAUAUCUAUUAGAUAGCAUUGUAAAGAAUAUUGGCCGAGAAUAUGUUAGGCAUUUCUCUUCCCGUUUGCCAGAGGUUUUCUGUGAGGCAUACAGGCAAGUUAACCCUAACUUGUAUCCUGCUAUGCGCCAUCUCUUCGGCACGUGGUCAACAGUGUUUCCACCUUCUGUCCUCCGAAAAAUCGAGAUACAGUUGCAAUUUUCUCAAUCAGCAAACCAACAAUCGCCGGGUGUAACUUCCUUGCGGUCUUCUGAAUCGCCUCGUCCCACACAUGGCAUACAUGUUAAUCCUAAGUACUUACGGCAGUUGGAACAACAGUCAGGUGCAGAUAGUAACACUCAGCACGUAAGAGGCACGUCUGCAGCUCUAAAAGUGUAUGGUCAAAAACAUUCCAUUGGAUUUGAUGAAUUUGAUUCUGAUCAUACAGAGGUUCCAUCCUCACAUGUUGGAGUGCGAAGAUUGCGUUCAACUGGAAAUGUUGGCCGUACUUCUGUUGUGGUUGGGGCUAACAAGUCAGCUUCCAUAGUUUCAAGACCCUUCUCACCAUCAAGGAUCGGAUCUGAUAGACUUGUAUUGUCAGAAGUUGAUGAUCUCCCAUCAGAUGGUUCUCCUAGAAGGUUUGUCGAGGGAACCUCUCCAUCUCGUCCUGUCUUCGAUUAUGGACGUGGAAGAGCAAUCGUCAGAGAUGAGGAGACAAGAGAGUGGCAGAGGAAGCACUCUUAUGACGAUUACCAUAAUCGUUCUGAAAGUUCUUUGAAUGCAUACAAACUUGGCAAUGGACAUGAGCGCCAAACACCCAGGGCUUUAAUAGAUGCAUAUGGCAAUGAUAGAGGAAAAGGAAUUUCUAACAGCAAGCCUGCACAGGUUGAACGGCUGGCUGUAAAUGGAAUGGGCAAUAAAGUGACUCCAAUAUCAUGGCAGAAUACUGAAGAGGAAGAGUUUGAUUGGGAAGAUAUGAGCCCUACAUUAGCAGACCGCAGUAGGAGCAAUGAUUUUUCACUGUCAUCUGUUCCACCUUUUGGAAGCAUUGGGGAAAGGCCUGCUGGAUUGGAAUCUAAUAGUAGGAGCAGUCGCGCUACUCAAACUCAGCUACCCCUUGUUGAUGAUUCUUCAACAAUUCCUAAAAAUGCAGUCUCUUCACUGAGUAGUGGUCGUGGAUCAAGUCAGAUCCUGCAUUCGCAUCAUCCUCAAGAGGCUUGGAAUUCCUCAUACCAUUUUUCUCAGCCAUCACGGAACCUUCAUGCCAAAGGAAGAGGAAGGGAUUUCCAAAUACCCUUUUCAGCUAGUGGUAUACAGUCAUUAGGUGGUGAGAAAAUUGUUCCCCUUAUCGACAAAUUACCUGAUGGUGGUUCACAAUUUCUUAGGCCUCCAGCUGUUGUGCCAAGAACCGGCUCUUCUAGCCUUGACUCUGUCACAGUUGGAGCUCGGCCAGCCAUUAUACCAUCAACAACUGGGGUAUGGCCUCCAGUUAAUGUUCAUAAAUCUCAGCCACCAGCCAUGCACUCUAAUUAUUCACUGCAGCAGCAUAGUAGGAGUCAGUUUGAUUCUAUCAAUCCUAUCAACAUGGUCAUGAAUGAGGGUCCAAAUAAACGUUCAUAUAUGGCUGAACAGUUUGAUAGAUUUGAAAGCAAGGAGCAAAGCUUGACAAGGGUGCCACAAUUGCCCGAUCAACGUGCUGCUUUGCACCAGCGAAACCAAAUGCAAGUGACUUCUUUGCAGCCACACUUUCUUCCUUCUCAGGAUCUUCGAGAAAAUUUCCUUUCAUCUGCAACAGCACCAUUACCACCUCGCUUACUGGCACCAUCCUUGAAUCAUGGAUACACUCCACAAAUGCAUGGUGCUGUUAUCAGUAUGGUCCCAUCUAAUCCAAUACAUGUUGCACAGCCUCCUUUACCAAUCCCAAAUAUGCCAACUGUUUCUUUGCAGUUACAGGGGGGAGCCUUGCCACCUCUUCCUCCUGGUCCACCACCGGCAUCUCAAAUGAUACCUGCAACUCAAAAUGCAGGGCCACUUCUCCCUAACCAAGCACAGAGUGGUCCAUAUUCUGGUUUGAUUAGUUCCCUUAUGGCUCAAGGUUUGAUUUCCUUGACAAAACCAACCCCCAUACAGGAUCCUGUAGGACUUGAGUUUAAUGCAGAUCUCCUCAAGGUGCGACAUGAGUCUUCAAUAAGUGCUUUAUAUGCUGAUCUUCCGAGGCAGUGCACAACAUGUGGCCUUCGAUUCAAGUUCCAGGAGGAACACAGUACUCAUAUGGAUUGGCAUGUGACUAGAAACCGGAUGUCUAAGAACCGUAAGCAGAAGCCUUCUCGGAAGUGGUUUGUGAGUGCUAGUAUGUGGCUUAGUGGUGCGGAAGCUCUGGGAACUGAUGCAGUUCCUGGAUUUUUACCUACUGAGAAUGUUGUAGAAAAGAAAGAUGAUGAAGAAUUGGCAGUUCCUGCUGAUGAAGAUCAGAGUGUAUGUGCAUUAUGUGGUGAGCCUUUUGAUGAUUUCUAUAGUGAUGAAACAGAGGAGUGGAUGUAUAGGGGGGCUGUCUACAUGAAUGCACCCAAUGGAUCAAUUGAAGGCAUGGAUAGAUCUCAAUUAGGUCCAAUAGUGCAUGCUAAAUGCAGGUCAGAAUCUAGUGUGGUUCCCUCUGAAGAUUUUGUGCGGUGUGACGGGGGAAAUUCUGAGGACAGUAGUCAAAGAAAAAGAUUGCGGAGUUAACCUUGUUUAGUUGGCCUUUAAGCUUAUGUAACUUUGUUUGAGUUUCAUCUUAGUAGUAUGCUCUUACUUAGUUUAUGUUAGUGUUGGUGGUUGCAGUAGCUUGGCGACAUGCCAGAUCCUUGUACAUGUAUAGUUGAACUUGUACCAUGCACAAUAUCAUGCAGCAAAAAGGUUACAGAUUCUCUCGCAGCCUUAAUUUUGUGGCGUUCUCCUUGUUUCUUUCCUGCAAAAAGAUCCGGAGGAACAUUUUAAACAUUCUGUAUUGUGUCAGCAAUCGCAACGAGAAUCCUUGAACUGUUACAUGGGAGAGUAUUGCUUCGUUUCACCGUGUCUUUUGAAUUUUGACCAUCUAUAUAGUUCUGAAACAAGCUGUGGAGGAGUUCCAGCAAUAUAUAUAUAUAUAUUUUUUGUAUUCGUUUUAUUUCUCCUCGUGAUAUUCUGCAGGGUCACAUGGCAGUUUCAAUUUGCAGAUGGCUGUUAGAAGGCCCCUCUUUUGCUCACUUCUUUGCCCGAUGAACUGAUACAGGCAGCAACAGGUUUUAUGCAUACUUCGACUCUCCAAUUCCUUUUCCCUUAGGUUGCGACUCUUUCAUGUAACCUUCUGUACUGGUUGUAAAUGAGAUGGUUCAUGUUGUUUCCCAAUGUUAUGAAUGGCUGAAAUU